UUCCUUUAUCUGACUGAAAAAGAAAGCAAGCCGUGUCGAGCUCACUUAUAGACGAACCUGUACUUCGGUUCACAUUAUGAAGCCAGUGAUUUGGACUUUUCUGCUGUUUUGGUCAAUACCUCUGACCACUGGAGGAGACGUGACGGUGUACUGCAGCGUGACCAGCAACUGUGUGCUGCCCUGUACGUCCACUUAUCACAACAUCAUCCACUGGUAUAAAGACGGCAAAAAGGACUCCGUACAUACCUUCUACGAUAAAGCAGAUAAUCUGCAGUACCAGGAUGCGGAUUUUAAAGGACGGACAUCUCUGUUCAAAGAUCAGAUCCCUCAGGGAAACGCCUCACUGCUGCUGAGAUCGAUCCGGAUUGAAGACCAGGGCAGAUACAAGUGUUACACUGCAACAAACUCUGACAACAGGGAACAAUUUGUCUUCCUAAAAAUCAAAGUUCCAGUUAAAUGGGUGGAUUUAAAAAUGACGAGUGAGGGAAUUACCUGCACCACGAAAGACAUUUACCCAGAACCCAAUAUCUCCUGGUCCAGAGACGGCAGGUCAGAAGACAAGUUUACUGUGACCAGGACAGGAGAUAAAGAGGGUCUGUUCUCAGUGAGCAGCGUUCUCACUCAGUCUGUCGAAGAAAACACCACAUACAGCUGCUCCAUCAGCCUCGGGGACGAGAGUCAGCGUUACAAUGCCAGCCUGAGAAAAGAGAAUGUUGAGAUUUUUCCAGGACACAACGUUACUAUUCACUGUCCCGUCUCUCAGGACAACGCUGGAAACAGCAACAUCACCCUGACGUAUGGCAAAUCUUCUACCACUCUGAACUACACCCAAACGUCCCAGCUACCUACCACCACAGUGGAGUGGAGGGGGAAAACGUUACAUCUCGCACGUGACGGGACCGUCACAAUCCACAACCCGGAGAACGUUGAGUAUACAGGAACCUACACGUGUGAGAGAUUAACAGCACAGUCCAGACAUGUGGUGCACACCGAAGUGAAAAUUAGCUCAGCUUACCUUAUUAGAAUUGCUGUCGGUGUCAUCGUGCCCAUCGUUGUCGUGGUCGUUACCAUAGCUGCUGUAUGUUUGGUAAAGUGGAAAAGAGCAAAAAACGAGGGAAAUGGAGGGGAACCAAACCUGAAACCACACAACGGCGAGGGCAGCAGUGUAAUCUAACAGCAUCUGGACAAGGACAAACUGAAGCAGCUAUGACGGAGAGGACGCUCGGGAAAGAGAGAGAAGCCGAAGUUCCGAUUAAAAGUGCAGAUCGUGAGAACAGAUUUUUUUUAGGAAUAUAUAUUUCUGUAAAAGCACACAGAAGAGGUCAAGAACACCUCGAGGGUUGUUUCCUUCCACGUCUUUCUUCUUGAUAUCACUUGAAAAGGUACAUGAUCUUUCUAAUUCCCUGUAUACUCUGUUGGCUAAGGUCACCUCCACUCACAUAGAAAUAAGUAUAGUAAUUUAAGUUAGGUUUUAACAUGAUCAAUUUUGCUGAAAGUUUGAGUUAUUAAGUCAAAAUAAUAACAAAACAGGAAAAGGAUAUAUUUUAUGUUGUGUUAAAACAUGUAUCUGUGCGCGUUAGCCAUCAACAAAGGCACAGAAAAAAAGGCAAAGACAAAUCCUCAUGCACACUUCCUGUUUGGCGGGAUUCCUGUCAGAUUCACUGACCUAUUACGGGCAAACUGUUUGAUCAUUUUUGCCAAAUUUGGUGAUGAUUGGACAAAAUUUGUAGGAGUAGCGAAAAAAAACAACAGUUUUUGACAAAAUCCAAGAUGGUGGAAAAUCUAAUUAGGCAAGAAUUGACAUCGUAGGAUGCGUUGAACUCGUCUCCACCCAGGGAAUCCGGGGAUGUCUUUUAAAGUUUGGAAACAAACUUUGAACGAAAGUUACAACCAUGAAAGUACUUCCAAAGUAAGGUAAGCCCAACUUUUGACUCGAUGUUGGUGCUAGAGCACUGGCAGCACGGCCCAAAUUUGAUCAGAACAAAUGGUCCUUAGACGCAUAGCCCAUUGUUGAUGGCGGUUUUCUGUACGGACACAUUUAUUAAACAUUAAUGGAAGGAGUCUCCAGUGUCAGCAACAGUCUUAUUAACUCGAAGAGAAAAAAGAAGAAAAGCUGGUGAAGGAAUGGCUCUGUAUAGCUGCUAUAGCAUAAGUGAAAACAAAAACAGAGCAUUAAAUGUAACUAAAUGAAGGUUUAUUGUUUUCCAAACAGAAAAGCAUGCUAUAAUCAAAGAUAAUAUGCUAGCUGUAAACCAUAACACUGCCAUCUGAUCAACUGAGCAAGCGAACAAGUUUUAGACAACAUAACGAAAGUAAACUGCACUAGCAAUUAAUCAGAACAAAUGGUCCUUAGACGCAUAGCCCAUUGUUGAUGGCGGUUUUCUGUACGGAGAUAAGUGAUAUUUGGAGCUUAUAUCUGUCUUCUUAGAACUAUUUAUAUGCUGCCUGAUAGGAGACGUCUCUCAGAGUCGCCUUGUCGUGAAAGGGGACGAAGUUUCCUUAAAGUUAAAAAUAUGAAGGAUUGAAGAUUAAUUUAACUGCAUAUGAAGAAAUUACUGCAAAUAGAGGGUUAACAAUCAUCUGUUUUUUAUGUGUAUGAAGAGUUUUUAUUUUUUCCUGGUAUUUAUUUUGUCUUUAUACAUGUUUGUGAUGUAGAGAAUUAAGAAUAAAUUCAUGUGUAUAAAACUCA